AUGCCGCCCAAGGGGAAAGCGACAAUCACAACAGCUCAAAAGAAGGCCAGUAUCUUGAGAUUCUUCCAGGAAGAGCAUUCUGUAUAUAACAUCAAAGAGCUGGAAAAGCUCAUUCCUAAAAAAUGCAGUGGUGUAUCGUCCAUGCUGGUAAAAGGCCUGAUUCAAGAAAUGAUUGAGGAAGAUGGGAUCAUAUCGGUGGAAAAAUGCGGCUGUACCAACGUGUACUGGUGUUUCAAAAACCAGAUCAUCAUGAAAACUCGACAGGAAAUGACUUCGUUGAAGUCCCGGAUCGAAGCUUCAGAAAAGGAGGUGCUACAGAGUAAAUCGGCGUUGAGUGAAAAUGAAGAAAGUCUCAGAACGGAAGUCUACCAGUUCGAUGGAAUCACCUUCUCUCGGAAAGAGCAACUGGAGACUUUGGAAAACCUCACAACACAGGUGAAAAGUUUACGUACCGCCCGCGACAAAAUGCUGGAAACCACUUGGGACAAAUCUCAAAUUGAGUCGAGAACAGAAGCAUUAAGACCUCGACUCCGAAAACUCGAAAUGGUGACCGACAAUUUGGAAUUGCUCACUGGAUUUCUUUGCAGACGCUUUUCGGUGAAUCUAAGCGAUUUGAAAGCAGAGUUGGGCAUUCCUGAAGAAUUUUUGGAGUUCUCGGACCUACCCUCUGUGAACUGA